UUUUCGGGAUAAAAGCUACUUUUAUGUGAUUUGACGAAACUGGUUUAUUAACAGACGGGGUGAAGUAUCCCUGACAGACCAAGCUCAGGGAAUAAAAGAAACAGGUUCUGAAACGAGGAAGUCCUGGUGGAUCAGGGCAGACGGAGCGAGGGUCGCUCACAGCACAAAUUCUGAACGAAACUGUCUUCAUUAGAUCUCAAAGACCCAGCAUCCACUGCAGGUCUGUGGACCCAGCUGAGGUCCAGCAAUGCCUCUGUUUCGAGUCCUGGAUGAGGCUGUGCUCAGGCGAAAGAGAAAGGGGAAUGUGGAGUGGAAGAAGACCAGCCGAAGGCCGGAUGACAAUGGCUCGGUCCUUUCGUUGACUCGGCUGUGUAUGCUGAGGGUCGCCGACAACAUGAAGGAAGAAGUGUGGGUCAAAGACUACGCUGACAAAUAUCUGGAUCAGGGGCCUUUCAACUUGCUACGUGGUGAUAUUGUGGAGGAGCUGAUGUUGCUGCUGUGCUCCAGAAACAGGUUGUCCCGAACGGCACUCCACCUCCUGCUGGUCCCGCAGCUCCGAAGUCUGUCUCUGGAAAGUUGUCCUGGUUUAGUCACCCCAGCUCUCUGUGGUCACAUUUCUGCACGUUGCCAGGGUCUGCUGAAUCUGGACCUGUCUGGAGCCCAGCAGCUAUCCGUGAAGGUCCUUUGUGAAACCCUCCACAGUCUAUCCAAUCUGCACUGGCUCUGUCUGGCUGGCAUUCCUUGUGACAGAUUUGUAAUCAAGACGAUCACCCUCUGUUGUCGUUUGUUGCGACAUCUCGAUGUAUCCCGCUGCCAUCUGCUUUCCCCAUCCGCACUCCUUCCUCUCGGAGGCGGGCCUUGCUGCCCGUCCUCUCCCAGUCCCAAUGGCUCAUCGUCACACUGCACCUCGCCAUCUCAGUCUUCCAUUUCUUCCCCCUCCUCUUCUUCGGCCUUGUCUCCCUUACCUCUACGCAGUCUUCUGGCUUUGGAUAUUGGGUUUGAGGAGAAGGAGGGAGACUCUGUGGCAGCGGCGGCCUACCUUCUUCUUUCCCUGCCUUCUCUGGAACGAUUGGCCUUGGAGGGCCUCACACAGGCCUGCAGCCUCAUCGAGCAGAAACAGUUCUGGCAGGUAGAGGAGUUCACUAGCAGAGAAGGAGUUCCCAGGCUGGAGGAUUUAUGGAGGGACAGAAGUAAACAACAGGCGAAUGGCUGGAAGCAGAUGAGAACAAGAGAUAGGAAAGAAGUGGAGGAUGAAGAAGAGGAGGGAAGUGGAUUCUGGGAGGAGUCUGGCAGUGAGAGUGAGGAAAAUGUAAGAGACAAAGAGCUAGUUUCAUCUGAAGAUCAAACAGAGGAGAAACUCUCAUCUCGGUCAGACCUGAUCCUGCAGCUGAGAGAUGUCAGAGGUUUGACUUGCGACUCUCUGGACAGUUUCGCGCGUGUAUGUCCGAGCAUCUCCUCCCUAUCUGUCAAUGUCACUGACGAUGAUGAAAGCGUUGGAGGACAAAAACAGAGUUCUGUGCUAGCUGCAGGCCUGCAGAGCUACACAGGCCAGAUGCGGAGUCUCUCGGUGCAAUUCCCUGGCACUCUGACGGACCUCUUUCCUGCUUUGAAAGUUUCUGGCCCUUCUUUGGUUUCCCUCACCCUCGAGGGCGUGAAAACCAGCACCGACACUCGUCUCCUGGAGGUCAUCACCAUGUGCCACAGACUCAGAGAGCUGGCCAUUUCUGCAGAGCCUCCAACCAUAGCACGAGGAACGCACGAUCGAGAGAGAAUCCAUGAUGACGGAAAUCUUCCGAAACUGCCUCACCUCAGCUCCCUGUCAAUCAAUUUCUCCUAUGAGCACAACCAACCCAAACCCCACAUGUCCUGGAUGUCCCUGAAGAGGGUGCUCUGGUGUCUCUUGAAUGGUUCUCCCCUCCUGCAGAAGGUCUCGCUGGUCUCCCUGCCCUGCCCUUUGGACAGCGUUUUACUCAGAGUGCUUCAGGUUUCAGAUCCAGCGGGCUCACCUCCCUUGCCACUUGCUCGGUUGCAACACAUUAAUCUGCUGCGAACAGAUGUGACAAUGCUGACUCUGAAAAAGCUGAUAGACAGGAGCAAGAAUCUGAUGUUAGCUGCUGCUGGAAUAUCAGUCAGCAUGAGUGGUGGACCCUAA